UCGCGGGAAAAUCUCACGACUGUGUACAGCGCUUUACCGAGCUCUGCACAUGUGCCGCCUCCACUGACAUUUAUGUAGUUUGCCCCGUACCUUCAACGCGUAAGCGCGCGGCUACGUCGCGUUCCAAAUUUAAAAAAUCAGUGUUAUUAUUUUUUUUUUUUCGUUACAAAAUCACUUUAUGUGCCUGUUUGAUUUUUUAUCUGUGCAAAUUGAAACGUGAAAAAAAGUUGAGAGGUGACCUCGAGCUUUUCCCGGGAGCAUUGCUAUAGCAACGGAUGACGUCAAGUUCAGGGGCGAUUGGACAUUGGUUCCCGGAAAGAACGGAUUGGUGCCUACGAAAUAGUGUUGAUGUUUAGUGUAAAGUGUAGUGUGAGUGAUGCUCAUAUAGUUUUAUGGGAAAGUGCACUUAAAUCGAAAUCAUGGGCUUAAUGACUUUUAUCAAAUUGGGUUACACCAUGCUGGUUGUGGCGAUUAUGUUGAUGAUAUGGGCAUCGCUCUCGGGGGCUUUGGAACUACACGUCGACACUGGUCAUCCAGCAUGCUUGUUCCAAGCACUUUGCACAUGCUCCAAGCCGGCGGGUGACCUGGGCAUCGUGACGUGCAACCACGUGCCGAUCCUGCGGGUCCCCGCAGCUGUCAAUAGCUCGAAGGUCUUCACUCUGCAGCUCACGGGGAAUCGGAUUAGGGAGUUGGAGCCGCAGUUCUUUCAAGCUACAGGGCUAUACAGACUUGCGAUAAACGAGAAUCCAUUAGAGAGUAUACACGAGGAGGCUUUCUAUGGACUUGACAACACGCUAUGGGAGUUGGAGCUGAGGCAGGACAGACUGGCGACGGUGCCGAGCCGCGCGCUGAGGUAUCUGCAGAAACUACGCUUGCUGGACUUGUCAGGCAAUGAAAUAACGGAUAUCUCUGGAGACAACUGGCGUGGUUUAGAGAACACGUUACAAACUUUGAUAUUGGCUGAUAACUCUAUAGCCACUCUACCCUUGGACGCGUUCUCUAGUCUGCCGAUGCUCGAUACACUGGACUUGCAGGGAAAUCACCUGUCUGUGAUUGAUAGUGGCGUGUUUAGAGAUGGCAUGAACAGGCUGAACAAGCUACUCCUAGGCAACAACCAACUAACCCUGAUCCCAUACGAGGAACUAUCUCCUCUCCGACAGCUCCGCUAUCUGGAUCUCUCCAAGAAUCUGAUCAAACAAGUACCGCCAGCUCAUGAGCUCAAUGGCAUUACUCUGUCGUUGGAUACUUUGAAAUUGGACUACAACAACAUAAAGAUCCUGAUGCCGGGCUCGUUCAAGUACUUCAACGUGUUGAACAACACGUGUCUCGACGGGAAUCCCAUUUACACGAUCAGGGAAGACGCAUUCCGCAACGCCAAGAUCCGUGCCCUUUCCCUCCGGGACUGCAGCAUCUCAGAUCUCUCUCCAGCAUCCUUCGCGGGACUCGAGAACAGUUUGCAGAAUCUCGACCUCUCUGAGAACAACAUAACUAUGAUCUCCAAGUUCAUGCUGAACAAGCUCGAUUCGCUACGGUUCCUCAAUUUGAGAGAGAAUAGGAUCGACUCUAACCUCCUAGCGACCGGUAACCCGUCGGACUUCUCUGUGACGUCAGUGAAUAAUUUCCAAUACAAACUCUUCUAUUUGGACAUCAGCGGCUCUUCGCCUAUCGAGAUGAGCUUGCAGGACAUACGAAGAAUGCGUUCACUCCGCUUCCUAGCUGUGAGCAAACUAAUCCGUCGCAGUAUAAGUUCAGAGGAUUUCCUGGAAUAUGGCCUUGAGUUAGAAGACCUGAAGAUCUUCGGAAGCACUAUCACUAAGAUAGAAGCUAGUGCUUUCCAACAUGUUAGGACGAUCAAAACAUUGGAUCUAUCGGAGAAUAGCAUUGAUUUUAUUGAUCCGUUUGCAUUUGCUGAGUUGCACAGCCUAACCACACUGAAAAUGGCGAACGGUUUAUCCGACUCCGUCAAGAUAUUACCAUUCGAACCGUUAAAAGCACUGAUCGAGUUACAGAAUCUAGACCUCAGUAACAAUAAACUGAAGAAUGUUCCAGAUACGUCCUUCCAUUUCCUUUAUAAAAUGAGGACUUUGAAUCUGCAAGACAAUAUUAUUGAGCACUUCUCUAAGGGCACAUUACAGGGUGACAUUCACAAACAGCUAUUAGGCGUCUAUCUCUCCUUCAACAAAAUGACAAAAAUUGUUCAACACACAUUCGUCGAUCUUAGAGAAUUGCAGGAAAUUCUUAUGGAAGAUAAUUUAAUCGAAACUAUUGAAAGACGAGCCUUCAUGAGUUUGGAUAAUUUGAAAGUUAUCAAGCUACAAGGAAACAGACUAAACGAUAUUAGCGAAGAAGCGUUCCAGAAUUUGCCAGCUCUGAAAGAGUUAGAUAUAUCAUUCAAUCGUCUGGAAACGUUUAAAUUCUCGAUAUUCGACCAAGUGGGAUCAGCGACAGCUUUGAAAGUGAACGCUUCAUACAACCAAAUAAUCUCACUUACCGAUUCAAACGCACCAAGUUUCUUCUCUUCUAACUUCUACCCACCGCCUAAAGCGCAAAGCUUAAUAUCGUUGGACGAGCAAGGUCUUGGGACAGUAUCUGUGAAUAUCCGCGUCUUGGAUUUCUCACAUAACAACAUUUCUUACAUCGCUCCGUAUUACUUCAGGCACGCUGAUUUGACAUUAUCAGAACUUCAUUUAUCACAUAACCAAAUAAGGAACAUUACGAGAGAAGUGUUUGGCUCUAUGUUGAUGUUACAAUAUCUCGAUCUAUCGCAUAAUCAAAUAUUCCAUAUGGAGUAUGAUUGCUUUAAAAAAGUCAAAAACCUACAGAUGAUGGGCAUGUGUGGACUUCAACUUGGUUUAAUGAUUUAUGGUUUUUUGCGAAUUUUGGAUUUGUCACAUAAUCAUUUAAUUGAAUUACCGGUGGAAGUGUUCCACGAUAUGCAGAUGUUGACUUCUGUUGAUUUGUCUCACAACCGUAUUCGGAAUUUGGCUGAUAAUCUUAUUUUGUCAGCUGCAUUGGAAAGGCUAGACCUAUCGAACAAUGACUUAUCAAGAAUGCCAACAAAUGCCCUAUCACCAGGAGCAGCAGCUAAUCUGGUAGAACUAGAUCUAAGUUCUAACACUGUGCCUGCAGUAGCCAUUCCAGAUUUAGUUCAACGAUUUAGGAGCGGCGAGGGGGGCGAGUUCUGGCCCGAGGACAGCGACUACAGCGAUGAGUACAUGUACCACACCGCUAGGCGCGACCACACCAGGGUCUUCCACCAUAAAAAGCAAUAUCCGCAGAACAUUUUCUACAAGUCUCUUGCUUGGUUAGAUCUAUCGAACAAUCACUUGGUCAGAAUUGAAAAUGGUGCAUUCGGGGCCUUACCAAGGUUGCGUUGGUUAGAUUUGAGCAACAACUUGCCUUUCAAUAAUGGUGAACGGGGUGGAAACAUUUUCAAAGGUCUAGAGAGGAGACUGUCUUACCUGGGAUUGAAGAACGUCAGCUUACAAACUCUACCCUCACUACCGCUACCGAAGUUGCGGACUCUGGAUCUAUCAUACAACAACCUGCCAUCAAUCCCAACUGACAUCACCGCUAAUCUUACUCGUUUGAGAGCAUUCGACUUAUCAUUCAACGACUUGACUAAAGUGCCUGUGGCAACACAUUCCCUCAGCGACCUCCGUUGGUUGUCUCUCUCGGGCAACCCGAUAACAGCGCUGAUGAACACGAGCCUGUACGGACUGUCGCCGCGGCUUGAGUAUCUCGAUGUUACUAAACUGCGCUUGAGUAUCUUAGAGUACGGCGUGUUCAGCAAAAUGUACGGAUUGCGAACACUAAAGAUAUCCGUGAACGGUAUGGCCCGAGACUUCAACAUACCGAAGAUGACGUCACAGAACGCAGCCCUUGAGAACCUGUACCUAUCUGUGGAGAGUUCACAAGUGGACCUCGGGAACGAGAUGACGGGGGAAUUACCGUGUAAACUGAAUAAUAUCACGUUAACUGGACGGGAUUUGAAGUUCAUCUCGCAGAAUUUGCUUAGCGGCGUUUGCUCAGAAGAGCUAAAGCUCACGAUAUUCAACACAAGCAUCGAGGACAUAUCCUUCGAAGUGUUCUACAAACACGGGAACAUUAAGAACUUGUCCCUGGACUUAAGGAACAACAACCUGAAGAGGGUUCCCAACCCAGCGAGGAAGGAAUGGCCUGGAGUGCCCAAUGAUUUGUUCCUUGAAGAUAUCCUGGUUGCAGGCAAUCCUUUAGUAUGCGACUGUGGGAUUGGGUGGAUCCAAGCGUGGGCCCGCAAGCGGCGGCAGUACCUAUGCGCAGCGGCGGGCGAGUGCCCCGCCCGGGACGACGUGCGCCUCGCCACCUGCCCCUCCUACCAGAACCGGACGCUUAGCGAUAUAAUAUCCAAGGAGCUAGACUGCAGCUGGAGCCGCGGCUUCUUCACGGUCUCCAACGUGCUCACAGUGUUCGCGCUGGUGCUGACCAGCUUCCUCAUUUGAGGUUUGUUUUGGUGCUAUGGCCUGUAUCGCGAAUUGGUUCAGGUUCGCGACAACAUCCGGGACUUCCGCAACUUCGUGCGGAGUGGGGGGGAGCAUGAGACCAUGUUGCCCCCCGACCCCCCCGCUGGGGUCAUCAAACAUGACUGACAUAUGGAGACCGUCGUCGUGCCUGUGACGACGGUCUAAGGGACACUAUGUAGUGGCACUAAAAUAAGUCGCAGUGUCGCGAAGAUCUAGAUAUCUAAUGACAGUGUCUAUCUGGGUAUCAAAAAGAUCUGGAAUUCUCUCUGGGGUAUUGAAAAGAUCUCGAAUUGUAAGGUCCAAUGAUCUAAUAGCAGUGUUAAAUUUUGAGGUAAGGAGAGGUAUAUCUGGCAAAUAAAUAUUGUAGCACUGUCUAGGAAAUCUAGUCUAAUGGCAGUAUCUGGGGGUAUUGAAAAGAUCUCGAAUUGUAAGGUCUAAUGAUCUAAUGGAAUUGUUAAAUUUUGAGGUGAGGAGAGGGUAUCUGGCAAAUAAAUAUUGUAGCACUGUCUAGGAAAUCUAGUGGCUCCAUCCAGAGAAAAUCGUGGCUCAAAAAAUUUGUUGGCACUGUUCACGCAAUUUGGUGAUACUGUCAGAAAAUACUCGUGACACUGGCCAGAAAAAAUUGUAUGGAAUUGGUUAUGUGAUUUGUGAAAUUUGAAAUUGAUUGGAUAUUGCGAUGUUUGGCAUUUUCAGUUUUACUGAAACGGAAUUGUUUGUCGUGAUAUGUGAAUUGCGGAGUAUUGGAUAUGUGAAUUUGAUGAUUUAGUGCCACUUAACAUCAGUGAAAACGUUGAAAUAAUUACGUCUGAUAGUGAUCCCACAAGAACUUUGAAAUUUACAGGAUUUGACCCCACAAAAUCAAGGACUAUACGAUUAAAACCCGUGCAAUAUUAGCUAGAUCGAUCGCUAAACGGUAUAGAUCAAUGCUACUUUUGAAUAACGUAGUAACAUUAUGUGCACUGCCUAUAAAUUUGCAACUGUGUCAGAGUGCGCCUAAUGUAAGUUGCAUUUCCGCAAAUUAUUAAUUUACUUAACGAUCGUAUGUAGACUGCAUUCGCUCGAAUAAUGUGUUCGUCCAUUGUUUAUAUAUAGUAAUUAUAUUAUUUAUAGUGAUUAUAUUAUUUAUAGAUAUUUUUGUUUGUGUAUUAGGCUAGAGUUCAUUUGUAUCGUUUAUAGUUUAAACCUGUGUAUAGAGUUUUAGCGCGAGUUUCGAAACAUAACUAUCGCCUUUUACUAUCAUUUUAUGAGUUCCUCUGCUAACGAUUAUUAACUUUCUAUUGAUAUCGAUGUCUAGAGUAUUUAAAAUUUAUUAGAUUAAUGUAAUUACAUAGCAGUAGAAACCAAAAGCGAUAGUUAUCGUUUUAGUAUAAAAUCUCACUAGCUUAUAUUAGUGAUAAGAUCUCUCUGACUGUCAUACCAUUGUACAAAUCUUUAUCGUUGAAUGUCACACUUAAUAUAUUCUCUUAAAACUCAACUGUUUAGAUGUUUUCAAAGUCUAUACUAUGUAUAAUAAGUGUAUGAUAAAAACAUUCUAUUAUAUGUUCUUCUAUAUUAAGUGUAGCUAUAUUUCUAAAUUUCUAUAUUCUUCAAUCGCUCAUAAUAAUUGGCCAUUCACUCAUCAUACCAUCAUCUAAAUAAAAAAUCUCUUAUCUAUUUCUUAUUUCUUUUUAUUUUUCUUUUCAGAUUACUAGCCUUUCUGUUCAGCCACUUCUUAUUUAUGCACGCUUUUCGAAACCUAACCUUUUAUGAUAAUAGAAUUCUAGAACCUUAAGCUAAAGUUUUAAGAAAUGAGUGAAUUAAUGGAAUACCUCUCUUUCAGUGGUCCAUAAUGAUGCCAGGCCUAUUUGCUUUGUUUUCAAUGCCAAUCUAGUUUUAACCUUUUUUAUUUAGGACUUAAGAUUCUUUCUCUUUGUAGGGUUACGGUAGGGUAGUAAAUAUAUUUGCUAUUGAGCUUUCUUUUCGUGUUCAUUUCUGUGUUCUCUAACUGUAGAUAGCGUAUGACUAUCUCUUUAGUUCCGUGGCAUUGAAAACGAAGGUAUCGAUGAAUAUAUUUUGUGAUAUAUAUUAACUCUAAUCCUUCUAUUUUUGAUAAGCCUACGAUAAUUAUUGCUAACUUGGGAAUUGUACAGCUGAACUUGAAAUUGUCUUCGAUUAUCUGGGAAGCUUAAGUGUAAUGUUGCUUGUCAAUUUGAAGACGGGUUUUUAUUUUGCGUUGUUUGUUUCUAUUGGAAAUUAUGACUGUAUAUAGUUCGAAUUUAAUUUUAAUGUUAAUUGUUAUAAGUUCAAUUUUUAUAUUGGGUAUUAUUUAUCUACGUCUUUUUAAAAUGAUAAAGUUGAUGUUUAAAAAUAUGUGUCGUACCAAAAAACUACUUGUGAUGUAUUUUCGCUUAGAUGUUUAAUAAAUGUUGUUCAAUAUCUAAAAAUGAUUAUUAGAUAAUGUUAUUGAAUGUUUUAUUUUCAUUUACAUCGAAACCACGUAUCAUUGCAUCGUUCAAAAUGCUAAGUACCUGUUUCAAUUAUUUAUGCUAUUUUAGAAAUUUGUUAAAUUUUUUCCAAUAAUACCUUUUAAUGAUAGGUUUACAAACUUCUGAAUGUGAUAGAACUUAGCUAGUGCCAAUAAAAUUAAUUAUAAUAAGAUAUAUAAUACAUGAUUAUACCAAUUUCCUUCGUAUUCAUAUACUAUAAAAUUAUAGUAACGAAUGUUAGACGCGAGUUAUCAAAGAAAGGGAAAAGGAAUUAUUUACAUUUUAAGGCAAGAAUUUGGGUAUUUUAAAUAGGAGAUAGUCGAGCAUUUGCUAUUAUAAUUGAAAUUUUAAUAUAGAUUCAUAAAUUAUCGUUGAAUGUUGUACAUAAAGAAAAUGGCUUAAAGGAUAUGACUUAAUGAGAUGUGCGUGUUUUAUAUUAAGGAUGGUUGCGCCAUUUUGUGGCUUAUGAAGUUUAUUUUGUAUGUUCUAUCGUUUAAGAUGGACCUUGCCUUAAUGAACAAGAAAACGUUAUUUAAUUUCCAUGAAUCUCUUAUUAUUAUUUUCUUUGACAUUUUCUCAAUUUCUUCUAUCACUCUGAAAUAUUGUUCUAUAUUUUCUAUGUUUUUUUAUCUCUUUAUCACACGAUUACCUAAACAGGGUAGACGUUUUCAGAGUAUGUAUGUUUCUUGAUUGCAUCGUAACUUCUAUAAACCAUUUUAGAAGUACUUGUAUGAUCUCGGAUGAUAUAUAAAGGCAGUUGAUUUAUUAUUAUUCAACAAAUACUUAAUGGCGUAACCAAGGUAUUUCUUUUAAACAAAAUAAUAUUGUAAUCACUAUUUAAACAACUCUCUAAAAUAGUGUGAAAUAAAAUAAUCAUUGAAUCAUUAGUGUAUUAAUAAAUUAUUCCGUUAAAAUUA